AUGGGCUAUCCGGGAACCGCGUUUUACAAAAAGAUGAAUUUGGCUUAUUGCGUGAAGUGGCAGGAACAGAGCAGUCGAGUCAUCGAGUGCGUUCCUGAAAAGCAACUCUGUAGCGUUGACUGGUCGUGCAGAAACACAGUUGCGUUUUCUAUGUCAUGUGCUCCGGCUCAGCAACAAGGACUGGCUGCUCGUUGUAUUCAUGUGUUGGAGCCUGACAGACCGUGGGAGAGAACUACUUUUGAUUCUCAACAUGAAAAUGGUGUCGCUCGACUGCUCUGGCAUCCGUCUGGCUUUCGACUGCUUAGUGUUGAUACUCGCUGCCAGUGCAGAGUGUGGGAUCAAGAGAGUCAGCAUAUGAAUGUGUACCAGUGUACGUCUUUAGUCACGUUACCUUCGGAUCAACUCUUGGCCGUCAGGUGGCUGCAACAAAGCAAUCAAAUUGCAUUUCAAUCGUCGAUUGUCUGUCGGAGUUCUGGAGAGUCUCGUCUUUGGACUGACAUGUUUAGAAAGCUACCGCAGCAACGGCCGCUUUUCGGAGUGCUGGGCAAGUCACAGGAUGGAUUUGCUGUCGUUUCAGGAUCUCUCAAGCUUCAUGUUGUCGUAUUGUCACAAUCUUCGUAUCGUGUGUUUACCCACAUACUUCCUGGAAUCAAUGGUGCUGAUGCUCCACCUGUCACUGCCGAUCUUGCCAUCACUUCAGAUGGUUACCUGGUGGUCGGUGUUGGGCUCAAACCGUGUGCAAUGGCUGUUUACUUUGUUUCAUUGGCAACAGCUUAUGGAGGUCAGUGUGAGAUUACCAUGGCGUAUCAGCAUAGCUUUGGUGGUCAGCAGUUUAGUCCAGAACGGUCACAGUCUCAUCAAUCAGGUAACACAAUCACCCAUUUGGUGUUGGCCAGCUACCCGACUCUUUCAUGUGUCAUCAGCGUUUUGGAUGGUAACGGUACCUGUCAUCUGGAAGUAUGGGAUAACCAGGGUUCUCUUGAUCUACCGAAUUGGACAAAGACGGUGGCAUCCCAUAGACUGAAAAACGGAAAAGUGACGUCACUAAAGCUGAUGGGAUUGCCAUCAAAGAAGAGUGACAGUGCAGUUGGGUUGUCUGACAGUGUCGGAGGGAGAGGCGUUAGGUUGACCUUGAACCUACACGGAGAGACACACAGAAGGAUGAGGAGUAUCGUAGUCGUCGGCCUCGAUUCUGGACUCACAAUGUGUUUGGACCGAAAGUCGCUCUCUUCGAUGGCUACAUUGAAUAUGCUCGGUUCUAGAGCGACUUUGUUGCAGGGAACCGUAACGUCGUAUGGAAAUCUCAUCCCGGCUGGUAAGAGGCUACGAUUGUCUGUAUCACAGUCAAUAUUGUCUUUUGCCGUUUCUCCCAACCAUUGCUGUGUCAUUGGAGUUACUGAUAUUGGAGAUGUGAAUAUGUUUCGUUUGUCACUCAGGACUUUUGGACUCCCACCAGACGACUUUAGGCCUGAGCAACUGGCCAGACACUUGAGCAAUCUCUUUGCUUACAGUCUUGCUACUGGAAACGACUGGUGGGACAUCUUAGUGUGUUUCUGUGGAAUUCAUAUGGAAGGUCUCUUUGAAGCAGUUAUACAGCAGCUAGAAAAUUCAUUUGUUAUCCAGCCAGUUGGUCAACGUGAAGUCACUUUUCCGUCGUAUUUGGCGAUGCUGCUCACUCUUUGGAAGUGUUUGCCGCAGGGCCGCGAAGUGGCAAUGAUAAUCCAUUCGCAGUUGGUUCUCUGCAGCAUCUGGACGUUGUUCAGGAGUCUCCUGUCAAAAGAAACCAGCGUGUGGUUGGAAGAUCAACUGAAUGAAAUCAACAAAACCCACAUGAGUGAGGAGCUGGAGAAGGUUGUUGAGACAGUAAACAUAACAAAUGGCAGUCCAACUGCAAGUGAACUACUAUCAUGUUCUAAUCUGAUACAAUUGGUUGUGGAUGUGGCAGCAAAUUUGACACAAAGAGAUGGCAUGGCAUUGAUACGAGCGGCGAGUUACGUGAGAACAGAGAGUUUACACGCAUUGAGGGAACUCCUUGUUAUUAUCCGGCAGUGGGUUGACAUUCAACCUAAAUGUGUUCCGACAUUCGUCGGCGUCCCAGAAUCAAUGGAUUGCCUUUCUGUGUUGUUCAAACAAGUGACAAAGCUUUUUGUAGAGAGGAGAAUGGGUGAGGGUGCGAUUACUGAUCAAGACAAUGACAUCGAUCCAACCAUUCCCCUAUUACCUGCACCGCCAGGCUAUGAGCAGGUUGACCCACAUGUCUUUGCGAAGGGUUAUACGUCGGGUCGUUAUGGUAAUGCAACUCAGAUGGUAACUUACGAGUUCGACUCUGCUCCUCAGUCGCUGUGGCAUCCGCUAGAGUUCAAUCCGCACGACCCAUUUCUACCAGCAGGUCUGAAGACUCCUAAGGGCAUCGCUCCUCCAUGCGACCAUAGCACCAUAGUAAGGGAUGUCAUCUGGCAGUUGCAUUUAACGACUGAUGCCACCGAUAAGCAGAUGAAACAAUGCACCAGAUGCUGCGGGUGGUCACUGCCCGUCCCCGUGCCUUUGUCGUCUGCUUGUAUGAUAGCGUGGCAAUGUCGUUGGUUAGACGUGUGCAUCUGUGGUGGACAAUGGAAAGUACAAAAAGGAAGGAAACCGAUUGGUAUCCUAACUCAGAAUACAUAGCAGCAAAAUGACUUUAAAAUCUGUAUUUAAUAGUUUUCAUUUCUAUUUCUAAUACUCGGUAACUAAUCAUUGUUUAUCAGAUGGUCUGCUUUUGGCUUUGUUCCGCUCAACACAC